AUGUGAACAUGUGUUGCUAUUACGCUGUUGGGGUCCCUGUAGGUGUUAUUCUUGGAUUUGUAGCUCAUCUGCAAGUAAAGGGAAUUUGGAUUGGAAUGAUACUUGGAGAAAUAAUGCAAGUAAUAACACUUGGCUAUAUCACCUCAAGAACUAACUGGGAGGAACAGGUUGAAAAGGCAUCAGAACGUCUGAAUCGAUUCUUGAAACCUUCAGAAGAGUUUAGUAAAAGUUCUGCUCAUGAAUAAAAUUAUUUAUUGCUUACGAAAAUGUAUAAUACAUCUUACCAAUGGAAUUUCCUCUUUUGCAGAAA